GAAAGCAAGAGGAGGCGUGGCUGGGCUUGAGGCUGUCCUGAUAAAUUCAGAGAGCUGUGAGCUGAGAGUGCUGGAGAGAAUCUGGAUCACCUACAGAACGACUUUGAGCAGCACCGUGGACAGCGCCCGGGACUUCCAGGCUUCACUUCUCUUACAGCUACUUGCUCUUUCACCCACCCACCCACACACACACACACACAGACACACACACACACACACACACAGAAACGCACAGAGACACUCACACACACAAUCCAUCUCUCAUACAUACUCGUUAACCACUCACACAUAUAUACACUGGCACACACAGAGAUCACAGAUACAAUGGCAGAGUCCCACCUGCAAGCAUCCCUGAUCACAGCUUCACAGUUUUUCGAGAUCUGGCUCCAUUUCGACGUUGAUGGAAGUGGUUACCUGGAAGGUAAGGAGCUGCAGAACUUGAUCCAGGAGCUGCAGCAGGCGCGGAAGAAGGCUGGAUUGGAUUUGUCACCUGAAAUGAAAACUUUUGUGGAUCAGUAUGGGCAGAAUGAUGAUGGAAAAAUAGGAAUGGUAGAGUUAGCUCACGUAUUACCAACGGAAGAGAACUUCCUGCUUCUCUUUAGAUGUCAGCAGCUCAAGUCAUGUGAGGAAUUCAUGCAGACUUGGAGAAAGUAUGACACUGAUCAUAGUGGCUUCAUAGAAACUGAGGAACUGAAGAACUUUCUAAAGGACUUGCUAGAGAAAGCAAACAAGACUUUUGAUGACACAAAAUUAGCUGAAUAUACAGACUUGAUGCUGAAAAUGUUUGACUCAAACAAUGAUGGAAAGCUGGAAUUAACUGAAAUGGCCAGGUUGCUACCAGUACAAGAAAAUUUCCUGCUUAAAUUUCAGGGAAUCAAAAUGUGUGGGAAAGAGUUCAAUAAAGCUUUUGAGUUAUAUGAUCAGGAUGGCAAUGGAUACAUAGAUGAACAUGAAUUAGAUGCUUUAUUGAAAGAUCUUUGUGAAAAGAAUAAGCAGGAGCUGGACGUUAACAACAUUUCAGCAUACAAAAAAAGCAUCAUGGCUUUGUCGGAUGGUGGCAAGCUGUACCGAACAGAUUUGGCUCUUAUCCUCUGUGCUGGUGAUAAUUAAAGACCCAAGAUUAUAUCCACUCACUAGUGAUACAUUGUAUCUAUACAAUAACUGUGCACUAUAAGGGAGUAGGCUGUACUUUCUUUUAUAUCUGUAAAUUUACCUGCAUAUAGAUGAUUAUCCAGGAUGUGUGGCACAUUCUUUUCAGUUUGUUUCUAUACUGUUUGUAAUGUACAGUUUUUGUAACUCUAUGAUCAAUCGAUAAGAAGAAUGUCUCAGUCUGGGUCAGUCUGUAAAUUCAAUAAAACCACCUAAAAUUGCUCUUGCUUCUGAUAUAGCUGGACAAGAUUUCAAAAAGAAAAAAAAAAGCUGCUUAGGGCUAUUCUGUAAAAAUUAUCCUUUGCCAUUUCAAUUCAUGUUUCUCCCCAAUUAGAAGCACUGCAUGCAAUGGACCAGGCAGCCAAAUUUUAGGAAGAAUCACAGGUCUAACACCCAAAGCAUUUAUAAACCAUAUCUACAGUCAUAGGGAGGAGAAUGCUCUUAGAGUUAACUCAUUCAUUGAAACAUAGAUAUCUAGGAAAACUAAUUAUUUAAUGACUUAUACCUCUACACAACCACAGUGAGAAAAAGGGUUUAAUCAACACAUCUAUUCUGUAGAAUGGAGUCCAUGACAGCACUACAUUUAUUCAAUUCAAUUAGCCCUAAUGAAAAUUAAUAAAAACCAAUGAAUCAAUACAUAUUUACUAAAUACUUACCAUAUGCCAGGCACUGUGCCAAGUGCUGGGAAUACAAAAAGAGAUAAAAGAUGUCCUCAAGUCGCUUAUAGUAUAUUGGGGAAGCUUGUACCAGGAAGUUAGGUACUAGUGAUAUAAAUAUGAAGUGAAAAAGCGGUCCUUGCCUCAAUGAGUUUUCAAUCUAUAAGAAUGUAUACUCUAAUUACAUUAUUCUCAAAUACCCACCCAUAUAAAGUUUCAUCAAACUCUUUAUCCCAAUUGAUUUGGUAAUGAGGUGAAAAAAGUUGGCACUUGGGUAGAAACAUUGAUCUGUCUUAUUCUUUAAAUGUAUUUCUCACCAAGUCUGCCAUCAAAGAUGAAUUUAAUUCAUUUUCUAAACUAUUUUCACAUGUUGCAGAUUAUAAUUAUUCUAGUAAAUUGCUGUUUUUACAUCAUAAUCUGUGUAACUUGUAAUUAAAGUUAAUAUACUAAGUACCCUGGUGUCUAGUUUUCCAUACUUCCUGUAUUUUCUUCAUCUAAAAGUGGUAUCAUCUUCAACAAAUGUCUCUGUUGCUUCUGAAAAUAUUUCCUAGCUCUAACAAUUAUUUUACUAAGUAAUUGAAUUUUAACUAAAGAUUCAUGUUAUAAAAAAAGAUGGCUAAAUGUUAACUUGUCAAUAGUCUAGUUUAUGCCAUAGGCUCUAUAUCCCAUCUUGUGAAAUCAGUAUUCAAAAUAGUCUGAGUUCUAUUUGUAUAUUGUGCUUAAAAGCGAGUUAAAAAUACUGUCAUCUGAGGGGAAGAUCUAUUUCCUUUCAAUUACCUUAUUAACAAGAUAAACUUUACUAACAUAUUCUUUUAUCCAUAACUGGUUUACAAUAUCACAUAACACUAGCUGGACCAAUCUCUGGUAGUCACUGUUGGACCUUAACAGCAUCUGCCUUUUGGUUCUCUAAUCAUGAGACAGAUCUAAUGAAAGGCUAAAGAGAGCUAUUUGUGGAGUAAACAUAAAGGGGUAUAUGCAGAGAAAACAGUCAGUGAUGGCUAUAGAUUCCAUACAUUUCAAGUGAUUAUUUUUUAUCCUUUAUCUAAAUGAAACAAAAAUGGUUAUGCUAUUAACUCGGUGAAAGGUAAAAAGAUCUACCAAGAGAUAUCAUAUAUCAAAUUGUGUAAAUGAAUUGUAGAUAAGCUUUGUUCUUAGUGUGUAUGUGAACACACAGAAUUUAGGCUGAGUUUAAUUAUUAAGAGCAAAUAAAGGGGGGAAAUGUCUUCACCUUGUAGUUUUUGUUCCUUCUAUAAAGUGUAUGACUUUCUAUGACCAAUCCAGACUAAUGUUUUACUACUGUAGCCCAAAGGAUUUAAAUGAACUACAAUCUCUACUAUGUAUUCAUAGAGUGAAUGGAUACUACAAAGAUUUACAAGAAAGAAAUUUCAACAAUCAAAACUGGAAAUGUCAUUUCAAAAUGAUAUAUUAAAGUAGUAUCUUCUCCAAAGUACUACAAA